ACGGUCCGGCUGCGCUUCGAUACGCGGCAAUCGCAAUCAACCGCGUUCAGUGGCCGUCCAGCAUCUGAGCACACCAUGCGCUUCCUCUUGCUCGUUUAUCUCCUGUUAUCGGUCACCGGUCAAGACGUUAGCGCCGAGGAAGCGGACUGCCAAGUUUACAACCAUCUCUACGUCUGCCUGGCGAACGGGGUGCUGAUUAACGUCGCCUUCGAGGAUGUGAACGCGGUGCAGACGAUCGAGGACAUCGAGCUGCACCUGGAAGCAUUGGGGAUCGUGGACAUAGCGAAGGACGCUUUCGUCGAAGUCGCCAAUUCCUCGGCGCUCUACAUACGCGACAAUGACCUGACGGUCAUCUCUAAACACUAUUUCACCGGCUUGGACCAAUUGACAUACCUGGACCUAAAAAACAACACUAUCGUCGAGAUAGAGGACGGCGCCUUCGCCAAACUCCACAACCUGGAAACCUUAUUGCUGGACUAUAAUAAUAUUUCUACUCUCAAGCCCGGCGCUUGGAAAGGCCUCAACGAUCUUCACGAGCUGUAUGCCACGAACAAUAAUAUCGUUUUGAGAAGAAACAUGUUCAAGGGACUCAGGCACUUGGAGACCCUCGCGCUGGACAAUAAUGAGAUCACUGAAGUGCCGAUUGGAACUUUUAAUGGUCUGCCGCACAUCGAUUUGCUUUAUUUGUCCAGGAAUAAUAUUUCGUCGCUUCAGCCGGAGGUCUUUAGAGGACUGGCAGAGUUGAACGAGCUCGAUUUGGGGAGGAAUAGGUUGAAGAAUCUUCCUGGUGGCGUAUUCCGGCAUUUGAAGAACUUGAAUUCGUUAUGGCUGAAUGGGAAUUAUAUAGUUACGCUAAAGGCGGACGCCUUCGAAGGAUUGGAUAAUUUGUUGCUUCUGUUUUUGAGCGGGAAGGAACUCCGAUUAAUGGACAUGUCUAUCUUCAGUCGGAUGAAGAACGUGACGGUCGAGCCUGGGUUCAAGAUACGCGGGUCCUUGGUGCAUCGUGUUUCGAACAUGCAGGGACGGUUUCGGUGCAGCAGUGUCUCGGAACAGUUGCCUUACGAGUGCAUUGAAAUUGAACAUUAGAUUCUGUGGUGCUGUGAAUUGUUGUCUAUAAUUCGCUGUUAUCAUGUCGACGAUAGAGAAUUUUAAAGCUGUUUCUAUCGAAAUUUGAAAGUAAUUAUAGUUUUCGUAAUAGUCUAUAGACCCAGCUGUUUUCUAAUAAAAUGUAACUACACGAAGAUUGUAAUAUG